GCUGCCCGGCGGAAGGGGCGGAAGCGCGGCCCGGCCCCGCCUGAGCGGGGCGGCGAUGGCGGCGGCGCCGGAGCUGCGGGAGGCGUUGGAGCAGCGGCUGCGGGACUUGGGCAUCGCCACGGUCACCGCCGAGCACCCCGAGGUGUUCACUGUUGAAGAAAUGAUGCCUCAUGUCCAACACAUGAAAGGAGGUCACAGUAAAAACCUUUUCCUUAAAGACAAGAAGAAGAAAGGCUUCUGGCUGGUGACUCUCCUGCACAACAGGCAGAUCAAUUUAACUGACCUCGCGAGAAAACUGGGCCUUGGAAGUGGGAACCUGAGGUUUGCUGAUGAAAACUCCAUGCUGGAAAAGCUGAAGGUGGGCCAGGGCUGUGCCACACCGUUGGCGCUCUUCUGUGACCAGGGGGAGGUGAGGCUGGUGCUGGACGCUGCCUUCCUGGAGGGUGGCCACGAGAAGCUGUAUUUCCACCCAAUGACAAACUGUGCAACCAUGGGUUUGAGCCCUGAUGACUUCUUGAGGUUUGUGAGAUCGACAGGGCACGAUCCCAUCAUCAUACAUUUUGAUGAGGACACAAAGUAGAUGAAGUUCACUUUUUUAUGACGAGGCAUAGGUUUUGUAAAGAAAAACUGGCAAAAGUCUCAUUACAAAUAAAACUGGAAAACCCAGGCUCAAUCCUUUUUAUUCUUUCAAUUGUGUAAGUUUAUAAUCUGGUGAGAAAAAAUUCUGUCUUUGGAUCAUUAGAAGUUGAACAGAAUAUUCUUAAAAAGACAAGACAUGUUUGCAGUCCAUCACUGAGUAACCAGAAAAGGUGGUACUUAAAUAAUGUUACAGUCUUUAUUAACAGAACAGGUAAAACUGGAA